ACCAGCUGUUUACUGUAUUCGAGCAUGUCCGAGGUUCUAGCUUCAGCUGAUCUUUGUUUUUGGGUGGUACAAAAUUGACGUGACAGAAAAGUGAGAAAUAAACUCAAAAAUAGAUCGUGUAAUUUGAUAAUGCGUACUUAGCAAUCAGAAAUGUUUACUGAAAUAUUUUCAAGUAAUCAGAUUUAGAUUAUUAUCUGUGACGUAAUCGGAAUAGAUACAUGAAGUGAAAAUAUUCAUGUGUUUUGAAAGGUGUUUCUGAAAUUUAUUCGUUACGGUGGCAAGUAAGGAGAACGUGAAUAUCUCAGAAAUAAGUCUGGCCUCUACCAGUGAAAAAUCGGGGGACGACGGUGGGGCUCCGCCUCGUAAAAAAUCCCGAAGGAGUAAUAGUGAAUUGGACACAAUGCAAGACAGUAACGGUUGCAUACAAAAUGGUACUCCUUCCUCGAGUAAUAGUAUUGCCACGGAAAAUGGACAUUUGGAUAUUUCCAAUGGCUCCUCAUCGGGUGAUGGAGUUCAGCUUGAUAGAACCAAGCAAGAAAUCGUCCGAUUGAUUGGGCAAUAUUUAAAAAAUGAAGGAUUGACCCGCACUGCUGAACUGCUGAUCUCGGAAUCUGGAUGUCGAUUAGAUCAUCCUGCAGCGGUUAAGUUCAAGCAUCAUAUUCUUGAUGGUGACUGGUCGAAAGCUUACCAUGACUUACAAGAGCUUCAACCUCUUAUCACUUCUUCUCAAAGUAUGGUGGAAAUGAAAUUCUCUAUUCUGGAACAAAAAUAUUUGGAAUUUCUUGAAGAUGGGAAAGUUUUAGAUGCACUUAAUGUUCUUAGGAAUGAACUCACUCCUUUACAGCACAAUACAAGUCGUGUUCAUCAGUUGUCCAGUUAUAUGAUGUGCUCAAAUGCACAAGAGCUCAUGGAACGAGCCAACUGGGAAGGAAAAGGACUUGAGUCUCGAACAACCUUGAUGAACAAACUUCAAACAUUUUUGCCUCCUAGUGUUAUGUUACCCCCACACCGUUUAAACGCCUUACUUUCUCAAGCACUAGAAUACCAAACGAUACAAUGCAGUUAUCACAAUACAUCUCAGGGAAUUGCCUUGCAAACUGCCUCGCUGUUAACUGACCAUAUUUGUCCUAAAGAAGACUUCCCUACACAUACAAUUCAGGUACUAAAUGAUCACUGUGAUGAAGUCUGGUACUGUCAAUUUUCUCCUGAUGGUACAAAACUUGCUACAGGCUCUAAGGAUAAUAACGUUAUUGUUUGGGAUGUACACCCCGAAACUUGUACACUCUCAGUCAAAAAAAUUCUCGAAGGGCAUAAUUACGGCGUUGCUUACAUAUCAUGGUGUCCAGAUAAUGUUCACCUAAUAGCUUGUGGUCCAGAGGAGAGUGCAGAAGUUUGGCUGUGGAACAUCGAGAAUGAGAAGCUUCUCAAGAUCUGUCAGUCUCAAGAAGAUGCCUUAACAUGCUGUUCAUGGCACAAGUCAGGAAAAAAAUUUGUGGUUGGUGGUAUCAGGGGUCAUUUCUAUCAGUGUGAUAUGGAGGGCAAUAUCUUGGAAAAUUGGGAUGGAGUUAGAGUUAAUGGAUUGUAUUGUCGCAAGGAUGGAAAAACAGUACUGGCUUCCGAUACUCAUCACAGAAUUAGAUCUUAUGUUUUUGAAGAAUCACAAGAUGCAGAUGUGCUCCAUGAGGAUCGUGCCAUUAUUUCAUUUACUGUCGAUAGAAAUGAUAGGCUUUGUCUACUUAACAUACUCACUCAGGGAAUUCAUUUGUGGGAUCUUAAUUACAAGUGUCUCAUCAAAAAGUACAGGGGAGUUUCACAAGGUCACUUCAAUAUACAUUCGACCUUUGGAGGAGUCAAUCAAGAUUUUAUUGCCAGUGGAAGUGAAGAUAGCAUGGUAUAUAUAUGGCACAUUAAGAAUGAAGAUCCCAUAGCAACUUUGAAGGGUCAUACUCGUUCAGUGAAUGCUGUUGCAUGGAACCCCGUUUUUCACCAUAUAAUGGUUUCUGUAUCAGAUGAUUUCACUGUUCGAGUAUGGGGUCCUAAAAAAAUGGUGCCUAAGCAAACAGUUUGAUCCAUGCCUGGGUAAAAUAUCGAAAGACAUCUCAAAAAUGGGCCAAUAUUACUUCCUCCAUUGUGAUUCAACAUUUUUAGUGCCUAGUGUUUUCAGUGUCUUCUUCGAAUAACGACUCCACGAACAACGGCACAUGGACUGAUACUGUGUCAUAGUACAAAACGGGUUUGAAGACUGAACACAUCUUGAAUGACCAUCUUCAUCUAAUUGCCGAAAGACUUUAGAGUUUUGAUUACAGGAUUGGUCGUAGAAGUGUGUGCUCUAUUAUCUAGUAAUAAUGAUGGAUUUUUUUAUAUUUUAAAAUGGGUUCGAUGAUUUAUAAUUACUUAUUCGCUGGUUUUUACAUUUUAUUCGUGAAAUAUACUCGUUUAUUUUUAUCGGAACCAGAAUUUAUCAUCUGGAUGUCAAUCAUGCAAUCAACCCGCUGGUUUGAGGAAUUUCAAUCAAAAUUCUGUAUGUUCCUUUGAUUUCUUUGUGUUUGAUAUUUUGCAUUGAUUUCAGCAUUUUAUCGAAUGAAUUAAAUUUUUUCUAUGGAAUUUUUUCAGGUAUUAAUAUUAUUAAUGAUUCAUGAAUUUUUGAUACAUUAUAUGAAGUGUUAUUUUCACAUUUAUAAAAUGACAAUUAUCGAAAUUAUAUUUAAAAAUACCCAAUCUGAGAUUUUUAUGUCAACUUUGUUGCAAUAAAUGGGUGGACUGAAGUAAACCUUAUUUUAAAUCGAUUCUUGUCGUCAAUAAUUCGAAUAUUUUAAUUGAAAAACAAAAUAAAAAUUUAUCUUGGUUAUCUCUACUAUUCUCUGUUCAUGAUGGAUAGAAAGUCAUUGUAGUAUUGAGUGAAAAAGUGUCACACAUUGAACAUACAUUCAUCAUGCAUGCAAUCAGUUGAACAUUUGCUCUGAAUGAAGUUGAAUUUUGAGAUCUAUGACAGUUAUUUGAUGUUUGUCCUAAGUAGAGAGUGAUCGUGAUAAAUUGACAUGUGCAAGUAUUUGUUGGAUAUAUUAUGUUGUCAAUUUUGAUUAAUCCUAGAUUUUUUGCUUCUAAGCAAUAAUAUGAAAUGAAGAUAUCGUGUAAUUUUUUAUUCAAUAUAUUGAUUAAACUUG